AUGAGGCUCAGCAUUGCAACUGGAACUGGGAUGUUGAGGCAACUGCCCCGGGGCGCUGAGGAGGAGAUUGCCAUGUCCGGGGCGCUGACUGGCAGAGGCUACCAACGGCUGGGUGAGAACGUGACGUUGCAAAUGAGGGACUGGCAGGAAGCCAUCGACUUCUUUGCCGAGAUCCCAGCCGAAGCGAUCGAUCUGCAGCACUUUGGCCGGAAGCCGAACGUGAAUAUGGGCUCCCAACAGAUCGAUCAACUGCGACGCUUCGUUCAAGCCCGCAAUCUUUGGCCUUCAGAGCCACCAGAGUUCAGAGCAGCAGCCGAGGCAUAUUUUGCAAGGGUAUCUGAAGUGGGCAAUGCAUUGAUGCGAGCUAUGGCCGUGGGUCUAGGGCUUCCGGAGCACUUCUUCGAUUCAGUGACGGAUCGCAGUUUCUGGUGCGUGCGGGUCAUCGGAUAUCCCGCCCUGCACCGGGAGCAGCUGAACCUCUCCUGCGGGGAGCACACGGACUACGGCUGCUGGACCAUCCUGGCCCAGGAUGAGACGCCCGACGCCUUGGAAGUCCAGCUGCCAGGUGGUCACUGGGAGAAGGUACAGCCCAGACCUGGGGCCUUCGUAGUGAACCUUGGGGAUAUGCUCAGUGUUUGGACCCAGGGGCGCUACGUGGCCACCCGGCACAGGGUGCGGCAGACCGCGGGGGACUACAGGACCUCCAUUGCGUUUUUCUACGAGCCAAACUUUGACGCUGUGAUCCGUCCACUGGAUCUGUCGCCCCUCUCUGGGUGGCAAGCCAUCGAGCAUCGGCCGGUGGCCAGCACUGAGCCGUUGCAAAGGGGCUUGGCGGGACAGGAACUGAUUUAUGGAGAACAUCUCUUUGCGAAGGUCAGUUCCAACUUUGACUUCGAGUGAAAGGUCAGUUGAGAAAACCAUCAGAAAA